CACUGUUAUGAAGUUUGUUUAUGAAUUAACGUCAACUAGUAUCGAUUACGUCGAUUAGUUUUCAACAUUUCUACUCAAAUGUUUCACUGUUCGUGACAGGAAGUUGUAAAAUUUCUGUACAAUUCAAUCCCUCGAACGAUUUUUUGUUCGUUAAAUUAAUGACGGAAACUCAUCAGAAAUAAUGUUUCGGUACAUUUUACGAGGCUUAGCUUGUGAAUCAAGUAGUUCCAAAUAUUUCAAAAGGAGAAGCAGCGAUUCCAGUAAAAAUCAGACUCCGAGUGAUGAUAUCGCGUUUGAAAGUGAAUUCUAUUACAAACAGGACAAAGCACUGUUAGAAAUGUUGAAACAAAAAAUGCAAGAGGAAGUGAAAUGCAUGCAAGACGAGGUCACAACGAUGCGUAACAAAAUUGAAGAAUACAAUCGAACCAUAAACGAUAAUCUACGAUUUUUGAAAGGACUCGAUAAAGACCUGUCGGCCAGCGACAAAAAAUAAUUUCCACGUUGUGCAUAAUCAUGUUUUGAUACUUUUACUUACUAUUUUGAUAAUGUCGAGCUUCUUGCUAUGAUUGUUAACUUCUUACCACACAAAACGAAUGUCGAUAGUCAAGCAAACAUUUAUAUACUUAUAUAUCAUUAAAUAACAGACAAAAAACAGCAUUGUCUAUUA